AUGGCCGAGGUUCUUGGUAUAGCAUCAGGCAUUGCUGGCUUGGUAUCCCUUUGUGAUACCAUUGUUCGAUUGGGCUACAAGUAUAUCAGAGAUGUCAAAGAUGCCGAAAAGUCCGUUCAAAGCCUUGUUGAUGAGGUAAACAAUCUCGCGGGCGUACUUCAUAGUUUGAAUAAUGUGGUACAGGAACUCGAGGUAGCGGAUUCGACGACAUACGGCUCCAGCAAGAUACAACACAUCAAUUCUUGCCAAAAAACCCUUGAGAAAAUCAACCGCCAAUUGGAAAGCGCCAUACCCGAAGUGAAGACAUUUUCGCAGAGGCUAAAGUUGCCCCUUAAGAAGGGGACUAUUGCGGAGCUACUCAAAGAGAUUCAAAGCUAUAAGAGCACAAUGACUAUGGCAAUGCAAGCCAGACAAAUGCGAGUUAUAUCAGCUCGCAGUUACACAGAUUUACAGGGGAAGCUCGAUCUCCUAGGUACUAUUGAUGUUUGGAAAUGGCAGAAUUCGAAUGUUCGUAUAAGACAACCAGGAACAGGUGUUUGGUUCACCGAGAGCAAGGAAUUUCAAAGCUGGGCUUCUGCAGACAAUUCGAAGCUUUGGGUGCAUGGAAUACCUGGAGCCGGAAAAACCAUUCUGGUGGCAUCCAUCAUACAAGAGAUUGAACAAACUUAUGACUCAUCUCAUGGACUUGCCAUAUUCUUUUGUGACUACAAGGACACUCAAACUCACGAUCCACGGAUCAUUCUAGGGGCGCUUGCACGACAACUGAUUCAGAUUCAGCCAAAACAAGCUUUUACGCAAUUGAAGACUUUCUGCGCAAAGCAUCAAAUGACGCAACACACUCAGGGUUCAGCUACAACCGAAGACCUUUGUGAAUUCAUUGUCGAAUUGUCGAAAAAUUUCACAUCCACCAGCAUCAUUGUAGAUGGCCUGGAUGAAGUUGUUGAAGAUCGCGCGGAGGUUACAAGACUCCUACAAUCCUUAAAUAAGCCAUCGGGAACAAUCAAAACCUUAUUCGCUAGUCGCAAUGAGGUUGAUAUUCAACGUGUGUUGGUAGAUUAUCCUAGCAUCUCCAUUGCAGCAAGAAGUGGUGACUUGCGACUUUAUGUGCAUUCUGAGAUUGAGAAUCGAACGAAAAUGGGCAAGCUUCGAAUUCGAGACCGUAGCUUAAAGGACCAUAUUAUCAAAGUUCUUACAGAGGGUGCUGAUGGCAUUUCAGACGGGGAUCGCCGUGAUGCUCUGAAACAGCUGCCACCAGAUUUACCAAAAUCAUACGAUCGUGUUCUCGAAAGGGUGAAUCGGAGCAGCAAAGAGAACCAGGCUCUUGUCAAGCACACACUUCUUUGGAUUGUGUACGCGGAGACGCCUUUGAAAAUAAAGCAGCUGCUUCAAGCACUUGCAUUAAGACCUGGUAAAAAGGUUUUCGAGUAUGAAUACAUGCCUACAUUGGAUGAACUCCUCAAUUGGUGUAGUAGUCUCGUACGCAGAGAUUACCAAUUAGAUAGCGUAGAACUCGCGCAUUUCACUGUGAAGGAAUACCUCCUGAGCCUUGAUGGAUCGUGCAACUCGAUCUUCUCACAAUACCGAUUGUCUGGGGAUCACACCGAUAUUGCGAGAACCUGUCUUCGAUUCUUGGGCCUGUCGGAGUUUGAUGGGUUGCUCACAACAAUUGCGCUGCUCACCACUAGGCCAGCAGAUUUUAUUGAAGCCUGGGAGGAGUUUGAGAAGAAUUAUCCAUUCAUGAUAUAUGUUUUUCGCAACUGGGUCAAACACGUGAAUCGAAGCUCUUCGGCUGAGGUUGUAGACGAGGUGUUGCUGCUUUUAGAUGAGAGUAGCGCGACUUAUGCAUUGUGGACAUUUGGUACUUGCUACUACAGAUGCUAUCAGGAUUAUUGCAAGGAGACUUGGCGCUAUUUGAAGGACAAAGUCCUGGGACCAUCAAGGCCCUCUGCUCUUCAUUGGGCUGCUAUGCUUGCUCUGCCGGAUGUCUUCACCACUCUCCUUGGCAGUGGGGAAGAUGUAAAUACGCCAAGCGUUGCUGGUGCACCAGUUUAUUGUGCGAUGAUGGGUAUUGAAGCAAUUUUAGACUUCUCUGAAAACAUAGAGGUAGACCCCCUCUGGAAUUGGGACGCAAGAAGGAAGAUCAUUAGAAUUUUGCUCAUGGCCGGCGUAGAUCUCAACAAUAUUCAUCACUUACAUGGUUGUUCUCUCUCUGUUAUAGACCUUGUAUACCGAGAAUGGGGAGCAUUCAACGAAGUUUUCCAAUCUUUACUCGACAUGAACCCGAGCAUAUCCCUCUCAAUCCUAUAUAGCUUUCUGGAAUUUGUUGGAGUUGUAAUUCGAGACGACUCAGACGAGCCGAUACUUGACAACCCUCUUAUUUUUGAGCUGUUGCAAUGGGGAGUGCAAACAGACUUCAAACAUUUUGCUCCCGACACAUUACCAGUAGUGUUUUCUAUCAUGCUUUAUGGUCUAGCCAAAUCGAAAGGACCGACGAAAAAUAUCAAAUAUCUUUUCGAGUUCGGCCUCAAUAAGGUAGCACUAGGGAACGAUGGGAUGACUUCAAGUUGUGUUUCACAAAGGCAAUCCGAAGACUGGGAGACGAAAUUUAGUAUUGCAAUUUUGCAAGCAAUCUAUAAUUCGCAGGAAAGAGCCCCGCACUCUCUUGAAAACGCGCUCGCGGAAAUUGUGGAGAUGCGGAAGCCAAAGCAUUCGGACCCGCUUUUAUUUGAAAGACUACAAGUACCAGCACUAGUACUGGAGAUAAUCAGUACAUUAUACGUCAACGGUAUCAAAAUAGACUUGAACUGGCCUUGUACAAAUGAAUCAGGGAACACUAUUCUUCAUCAUUCCAUUCAAACAUCUUUGUCCCAAAACGACAGUCGUCGUCACGAUAGGCCCGUUUGGUUGCCAGAUCAAAGCGAUUAUUUGCAAUCACUUCUCUAUAAGGCCGUUUCUGAACAAGGAGCGGAUCUCACGGUUCCAAAUAACAAUAGCAUGACUCUUAUAGAGCUUCUGGUACAAAAUUGGGAUUGUCACAUGUCCGGGUUUCGUCGGAUAUGGGAAUCAGCAAAUAUCUCAAGCGCAUUUACUCGCCUCCCCGACCUGCCCGAAAAGUUGCUCCAUGCAGCAACUACAAACUGCGUUCAAAUGGUAGAGUUUAUUUUUGAUCAGCUAGCGAAGGACGAAGACACACAUACAGAACUUUUGCAAGAAUUUGUGGCGCACCAUUGUACCAUAGAUUAUAUGCAGAAGCUGUUCAGGAUACGGUUUAAGCGGAAGAUAAUUGAACACACAGACUCAAAAGAGGAGGCUCUGUCUCCUAUGGAGCUUUCCGAGCAAGCCCACUCACUGGUAAUUUUCGAAGGGAAACGAACGGACCUCCAUCUACUAAUUGGCAGCCAUAAGCCAUCGGAUUUCGGAAAGUUAAGGAUAUUGCUAACAAAAAAUCCUGAUCUACAGGUCCAAAAUGGUCAAGGCUUUACACCACUCGCCACUGCCAUCCAAUUCACGAACAUCCGGGCCAUGUAUGCUUUGCUCAUCGCAGGCGCAGAUAUAGAGACCUGUAGCAGUCGUGCGCGAACAUGCUUGCAUCUGGCUUGCUGUCUAAGAAAUGCAGAAGCUGUCAAAACUCUGCUUAGAGCUGGUGCCGACACCUCGAUUAAGGACAACUGUGGAUAUACUGCAGAGAAUCUGGCCGUACGGACGCAAUUUUCUGAGAUUAUAGAUCUAUUCACUCGGGCCAGGGAUGACAAGUCUGGUACGGAAUCUUCUGGUGGCGAAAUCUUUGAGGGGAGCUCUGUUGCGGAGGGUUCUGAAGCGGGGAGUUCUCUGAUGCGAAGGGUUCUGUUGCAGAUAUUGAGGUUACGAAUGAGGUCUACUUUUAUCCUUCCAUCCAUCCGCCAAACUCCCAGACCUAUUCCUUUCGUCAUAGAUCAGCAUGAUCCAUGA